AUGGGAAAAGAUGAAAACGCCCGAAAGUCGCUGCCCAACAGAGCCAACAACAUCAUCAAAAGGAUUCUGGAACAGGCUAUGGCAGGACAGCAGAGCAGCACAGAGCCAAGCGACUAUUCGUGGGUUGCUGGAGAAAUACAGAAAGAGCAGACAAGCAAUGUAAAAAGAGAUCUGCUUGCAAAUUUAUUUAAACGGUUAAAUUCCUGGUAUGAAAAGCAGCUGGAUAAAAAUAGAAGCGCGCAGCUGUCUGUCUUCUAUCUGCACGUGGUAUACAUGCUGUACACCCUGCAGUUUGACAGUUCGAUCAUUCCCCUGGCAGACGACAGCAAACUUUUAAAAAUAGAAAUGUCGUACACCAUUUUUGACUCGUUCAAAGACGGCGCCCUCUCCAAAGAUGCUGAAGAAAUCAUUUCCUAUCUAAUCUACAAGAAAGACCUAAAAAUAGUCCUGAAAUGGGAAGAGUACAAGCACAUAUCCAGCAGAGAAAUCCAGAAAGCAGAAGAAGAAGUUGAAAGUUUCUUUGAGAUAUCAGAAAGCAACAUUGAAGCCAUGAAUGACUACAUCAAAUCAAAACAGGCUUAUCUGGUCAUGCAGUCUUUGUUAAAAUAA